AUGGACUUUCUGGGAAAGAAGGAAGAUUAUCCUCCAACAGCCAAAAACUGGCUAGACAGAACAGAAUGGGUACUGAAACAACUUCACGGCACCCCAGAGCAGAACCUAGAGGGUGCUGUAUCCCUAUUCCAGGACGAUGCCUAUCAAUGGUGGGACACAGUAUUUAGGGAGGUGCAACUUGACCAAAUCACCUGGGAUUUCUUCCUCACGGAGUUCCGAAAGAAGUAUGUUAGUAAUGCGUAUCUGGAAGAGAGGAGAAGAGAAUUCAUGAGUCUGAGGCAGAGACAGUUAUCAGUGGCAGAAUAUGAGAGAGAAUGUAUCAGACUGAGUCGGUAUGGAAGGGAAAUAGUACCCAUAGAGGUUGAGAGGUGCAGAAGAGUCGAAGAAGGGCUAAAUGACAAUAUUAAAUUGCUUAUUAUUGCAUUGACGAUUACGGACUUUGCUCAGUUGGUUGAAGCUGCACUAAAAGUAGAAAGGGGUUCUAUUCAGACACCAGAUCAGGGCCAGUCUCAGAGGCCCAGAUCUCAGUUCACAUUGAGGAAAGGCCAAUCCACACCAUCAGUGGGCAGUUCUCUAGGGAUAGUGUAUAGGGGACCAGCCCCAGCAGUCUCUUCAGCCUGUCCACACUGCCAUAAGUGGCACAAGGUUGAAUGUAGGCGAGAUACUGGGGGUUGCUUCCAGUGUGGGUCUACUGAGCACCAAAUCAGAGAUUGCCCAAGGAGGACUGCUACAGCUGCUCCAAUACAAGCUGACAAACCUGCCUCUAUAGCUCAAAGGGGUAGAAGGCCGGAUAAAUCUGAGGCAGUUGGAACUUCACAGAGGCCAGCAUCAGAGUCAGUUGAGAGUCCAGAAACCAGGGCACCAACAAAGGCAUAUGCUAUGAGGGCUCAAGAGGAGCAAGAUGACCUAGAUGUCAUCAAGGAGAUGUUCUCUCUCCAUGACAUACUUGUUUAUGCAUUGAUUGAAAAGGAUUACACUGAAAACUCCUGA